AUGGUCCUUUCCGUGCCCCUCCUCCGCCUGCAGUGCGGCGUCAACUCGUACGCAUGGGGGAAAAAGGGCAACGACUCGGCUGCUGCGCGCUUCGCAGCCGCCACGCCCACGCCCGAUCUUACGAUCGAAGCCGACAGGCCAUACGCAGAGCUCUGGAUGGGUAGCCACCCCUCCAACCCGUCGAAACACCUCGCCACGGGCCUGACGCUCAACGACCUCUUCGCACGGAACAAGGCCCUCCUGUCGCCGCAGGUUGCCUCUCGCUACGCCGACCGACUACCCUUCCUGUUCAAGGUGCUCUCGGUCAACAAGGCCCUGUCCAUCCAAGCCCACCCCAACAAGGCCCUGGCCGAGAAGCUGCACGCGCGUGACCCGAAGAAUUACCCGGACGACAACCACAAGCCCGAGAUGGCCAUUGCCAUCACCCCCUUUGAGGGGCUGUGCGGCUUCCGCCCGCCCACCGAGGUGGUGCACUUCCUCGACACGCUGCCGCCGCUGAGGGCUCUGGUGGGCGACGAGGCGGCCGUGGAGCUGGGGCGCGCGGCCGCCGACGGCGACGACGAGGGGGAGGGCGACGUCGAGGCUACGAAGAAGGCGCUCAAGCAGGCGUUUGCCAACCUCAUGGGAUCGGCGCAGGCCGACGUUGACCGCGAGAUUGCCAACCUGGUGGGGCUCGCCUCGUCCCAGGGAGAGGGCUUCGUGGGCGGCGGCGUGUCGUCGACGUCGGGCGCGGAUCUCGCGCGGGUGGUGACGCGUCUGCAUGGCGAGUUCGGCAGCGACGUCGGGCUGUUUGUCCUCUUCUUCCUCAACCUGGUCAAGCUGCAGCCGGGCGAGGCCCUGUUCCUGGUGGCCGACGACAUCCACGCCUACAUCUCGGGCGACAUCAUCGAGUGCAUGGCCGCGUCGGACAAUGUCGUCCGUGCCGGCCUGACGCCCAAGUUCAAGGACACGGACACGCUCGUGUCCAUGCUGACGUACAACUUCGCCCCGAUAGAGCAGCAGAAGAUGGAGCCCUCCGAGUACCCCUACGCCACGCUCAACCGUGCGGCCUACAGCGGCGGGUCGUCCAUAGACCUGUACGACCCGCCCAUUGACGAGUUCAGCGUCGUGCGCUCCGUUAUCCGUGGCGACGCCGGUGCGAAGGCCACCUUCGAGCCCCUCGCCGGCCCUAGCAUCAUCAUCUGCACGCAGGGGAGCGGCACCAUAUCCGUGGGCCCUACCAAGGAGGAAAUCAAGGGAGGCUACGUCUUCUUCGUGGGGGCCACGGCAGAGUGCGUCCUGGAGUCUACGUCUGGUCCCGACGACGAGUUUGUCACCUACAAAGCCUUUUGCGAGAUUGCAGAGGAAGGGAAGCUAUGA